GUUUUAAAAAUUUUUUAGUUUGUCUUUAAUUGUAUAAUAUCUUACAAUAACUUAUUAGCCGAAUUUUACUUAAAAUUGAGUUUGUUUCUUCAAAGUUUUCAAAAUUGGUAUUUAAAAAAAUCCUUUCGGCGUUACCUAGUUAUGAAAAGCCACCGCAAACCAAUUUUUUCCCGAAACACGUUCGAAUAGUUGCUGAUAUUUUAAAAAUUUCUUCGUGAAAAAUAUAUACAACAUUUAAACUGAAUUCCAAAGCAACGCUAAAAUCUCCGAACAAUUAUUUGGAUAGGACUACUAUGUAUUAUAGGCAUACAAACUGAACGGUCAAUAUCAAGUUCUGCUAAUGAAAACUUUUUUAUUUGAAAAUAUAUCUUCACGAAAAUUUACAUAAAUUAUUUUCCAAGGCAACGGUACAAUCUCCGUAAUUGCUUAGAUCGGACUAUUAUAGCAUAUAGCUGCCAUACAAACUGGACGAUCAAAAUCAGGUUCUUGUAUGGAACUUUGAAGCCAUUUGUUUCAAGCCAAAUACUGAAGUUGUUGCUCUUUGCAAAAUUGGAGUACUUAAAUCAUGUAAUACUAAUACAUAUGUAUGCAAGUGGUUUGAUUUUACAUGAUAGUAACUAACGUUGGGCAAGUAUUGCGCAAAAUCAUAGAAAGUAGACGAAUAUUUUAUCCAAUUGUGUUAUUCGUUUCAUUUGAUGUUUAGCUUCAAUAAAUUUUCACAUUAUGGAUAUUAAAUAUGUUUAGUUAUGUUGACAAGUUUUUAUUUUAAUAUUGUGAGACGAUAUAAAUAAAAUAAUAAAAGAGACUUUUUUUAAAGUUAUAAAAUUAAUGUAAAGGUGCUCUGUCGUGUUACUUUGAGAACAUUUAAAGCAAUACAUAUAUACCUCGGGACAUUGUUAAUAUAAGUAAAGGAAGGGAAAAAUGGUUGUAUAUUGUUUAUUAGUAUGAAUACAAAUCACAUUUGCAUUGCACGUAGUUUUUUGAGGUACUGCUAAGUCUAUUUCGAAUUUUACUGCACAAUUUUCCGCAUAUAUGUAUAUAUGUAUGUACGUAGGUACUUACAUAAGUAUAUGUGAAUAUACAUAAUUUUUGCAUAAAUAUGUACAUUUGUACAUAUAGUUUCAUAUGUAAGUACACAUGCACGCAUUCCGAUUGUAAACAGCCCGUUGUCAGGCUUUGACCGUUUUUGCAUUCAGUCUGCAACACUGAAUUGUGGGCGGCGCGACGUGUUUGCCUAACGAAAUUAUCCUCUUUGCUUUCUAUAUUUAAAACGCCGCCGCCGCUACCACCACCUUGUUCUAUCUUUCUUUUUUAGUUGCAAACACUACAUUAGAUUGUGUAAUGAGCAGAUAAUAUCAAAAAUAAAUAUAUAAAAUGACGGAUAACGUCAACUGUGCAAGUGUUUGUGUGAAUGUGUUAGGUUACUACGUUUUAGUUUCCCGAAAUUUUCACAUGAUUAUACGAGUAAUUUACAAAGGACACUUUGUGUAUUUAUAAAACAGUUAAAAAAUAAACGUUGGGUACUCUUAAGGUUAAGUUUAAGUUUUUAUGAAUGCAGGUCGGUCGGGAAGUAUAUACUAAUACUAUGCUAAAUAAAAGCGUUAAAAAAUCCAUCUGAGCCAGAAAGGAAGAAAACUAAAUUGUAUAACACAAACAUAAACAUUCAACCGAAAUCCAAAACAUAAAAAAUAAUUCGGAAGAAUGCUUGUGGGCCAGUGGCACUCUAUAUGCAGCGCAUGUAUAUGUAUAUACAUGUAUUACAUUUUUCAUUAAUUCCAUACAAUGUUUUUGUUGCAAACUGUAUAUUCGACGCUAUUGAACCAUCAAGUUAUUUUCCUUGUAAUGCUCGACGGAUUGACCGGUGCCAAAAAAACCAAAUAUCAUGCCUCGAAAGUUACUUUGAAAUAUGUGUAAUUGUCGCACUUAUGUGCCACAUUCACGAUUUUGUUGGGAGUUAUCAUCUACAACAAUUAUAAUCAACAAGCAUUUUUCUUAGUUCCUAAUGCAUACUAGUUUGCCGGAUGCAGACUUAAACAUAAAAAGCAUACAAAAACUACAAAUAAAAAUAUCGGGAUAUCGGUAUGACAAUAAAAAUAGAUGAAAAACAAUAUAAAAUACUCCAAAUGAUGAUGUAAUGAAAUGGAUUAGCUAGCAGUUCUUGACUUAAAAAAUUACAAGUAAUAUCAGAUAACAAGCAGAAAUGUCCUUUAAACAUGCAUUGCUAUCUGAUGAAUCUGCGUCUUCCCAUUUUCGAACAAGACUAUACUGUUAACGGAAAUCCGAACGUAACCAAUUAAUAUACAUACACAUUUGUAUGUAUAAAGGCGAAGUUAGCUGGCCAAGACAUUUAAACCGUACAAAGCCGUUUGGAUUUUAACUGAGCAAUAAUUGUUUUUGAGCAACUAACAUAUUAAUAAUUGUAAUUACGAAAGAAAACAAGUGGUCGAGAAUAAGGUGUGGAAAAGUGCCGCAGGGCAUGUUUAUACCUGAGACACUGAGAAGCUGCAUGAUUGAGACGGACGUAUCUUCAUAUUUGCAAACAUCAUCCUCAGGACAGGUGCUGAUUUUUAAUUAAACAAAACAAAAAACAUGAUAAUUAAAUGUCAUCAAAGCAAACAAAUAUCAGAUACUAUGUGCCGAAACAUAAAUACAAAUAAUGAGAGUUAAUAUAUGAUCCGAGUACAGUUAAUGCAUUUUAUGGAAAAAGUUAUCUACAUAAGCAAUUAAUUUACAUUGCGCAAAAAGAAGACAUAAAGUAUUAAAUUGAAUUGGAUCAUCACUAGCAAUCAAUACAGCGACUAAUUACUGCCACCAUUGUUUUUUCUUCUUUUGCCUUUGAUACUUCCUCGAUUAAUUCCAAUCACAAUUAAGACAGUACAACUACUUCUGCAAUCAUCGCAAAUAAAUUAAUACUACUUUGUACUAAUAUACUAUACUAUACUUCCAUACACGUAAAAGCCUAAAAGAAGAAAGAAAAACAAAACAAAUAAGAAAACAAAACAAAAAAAACUAACGUAACCAACGUAUGUACCAAAAGUGUAAUUGCUAAUUUGUAGUUAAUUUCAGAGUCGCGCUUUAACUUCAAUUAAAUUCAUUAAAAUGAAAGCAUAAGUUCAAGCAAAGUACUCCUAUCGAAGCAUACGAAGAUGAAUUUCAUCCGUUCAUUGAGGCUCUCUUGCCGUUUGUCAAAUCGUUUUCAUAUUCAUGGUUCAAUUUGCAAGCUGCCAAACGAAAGUACUACAAAAAACAUGAAAAACGUAUGUCACUGGAGGAGGAGCGACAUUGCAAGGAUGAACUACAAAAUGAAAAAGCGGAGGUAAAACAAAAGUGGGCGUCCCGGUUACUAGGCAAAUUACGUAAAGAUAUUACCCAGGAAUGCCGAGAAGAUUUCGUGCAAUCUAUCACCGGUAAACGAAAAUCUAUUUGCGUACUUUCGAAUCCCGAUCAAAAAGGAAAAAUGCGACGAAUCGACUGCUUACGACAGGCAGAUAAGGUUUGGCGCUUGGAUUUGGUAAUGGUCAUACUUUUUAAGGCGAUACCGCUUGAAAGUACCGAUGGAGAAAGGCUGGAAAAAAAUCCCGAAUGUACACAUCCCAGCUUAUGUGUAAAUCCCUAUCACAUAAAUGUAUCUGUUCGCGAACUGGACUUGUAUUUAGCGAAUUUCAUCAAUACACAUGAUCCACUUCACAGCCCAACUCCGCCGUCGCCGCCGCCCACAUCAAUGGCACUAUUCGCAUAUAACAACGAACACACCCAUGUUAACGUCAAUAGCAAUACAAAUGGCAGUAAUAACAAUAUGAACAAAAUAAAGAAAGAUGGUGAAGGACGCAAAGAGAAAGGUUACAGCCAUAAUCCUUACAAUGGAGUUAUAUGUAACGAUAUAAUAUUGGCUACUGGUGUUUUUUCAUCGAAGGAAUUGUGGAGCCUCUCUAAAGCAUCAAUUCUUGAUGAGGCAAGUAAUGAUUUAUUAUCGGCAAAUGCUAGCCAUAUUAAGAUGGAAAAUUCUACCGGAGCCUAUGAAUGCAACACAUAUCAGUUGCCACCACCGUCAAUUGGCGUUGGUGUAGAUGUCCCUAGUAGCUUGGUAGCGUCGAAUAAUAUGUUAGCAAACACGGACUCCGGCCGAUCAGCUGCCUCGGGCUCUUCUAUGAUUGUUCCAGCUGGGUAUAGUAUUGACUUUGUUGAUCCACGCAGUAUGCAUUUACCCCCAUCACCCCUCUUGCGAGCUCAAGGAGCAGCCGUAUGUAAAACUGACACAUGUACUUCGCCACCUGAUGUUGGUGGAAAUAACGGUAGCGGUGGUGGUUUUUCUGUGAUAUUGCGUCCAAAUGAUUCGACGGGUGCUAACAUACAAGGAAGCGAUAUAUCAAUGCUUCAGCGAUAUACCCCUUCACUAAAUCGCUCAUUAUUGAAUAUGAGUCAAGUGCGAUCGAACGAAGUAUUGAUCCAACACAAUGUAACGUCUGCAUUGGUUACAAAUUCAGUGAGCCCUGGUGCAAUGUACUAUCAGUUACAUAAUAGUUCAAAUGGUUCAUCAGAUGACAGUAGUACUCAGCAUAACCAUCAUCACCAAAGGCAACAAUCUCAACACCAUGAACACCAACAAAACUUACACAGCCAUGGUUCACAAAUUUCAGUAGCUGCAGCCGCGGCUGCAGCAGCUGCAGCGGCUUCUAUUUCAAAAUAUUCUCCCGAAGUUGUAAGUGGACAUGAUAUGUCCGAGUUUGUCACCUACGUUUGCCAAGAAACCGGAAAUAGCAAUACUCACAUUAAUGAAGUUCACCACCCGCCACAUCUUCAAAGCCACUUUCAGUUACAAACGGUUGCUACAGGAGGACCGUCAUCUAGUCGUAAUACAAAAUUAUCCUCCGCAGCGCCGUCCGUACAAGCCUCUCAUUAUCAACAGUACAGUACGAUGUUACCUCCGCCACCUUUGCCACCAAUGGCGCGUCCAGUUGCGAUAAUUAGGUCCACAGGUGAUUUGACAAUGGUAGAAUCACCACCAUCAUCUGCCACCCCUCCAAACUCUAAUCAAUCGGGUAAGGAAUCAUCCAGGCAUCAGCAAACACAUCAGGAUCAGCAAAAUCAACAACAUCAGACUCGGUGCCACCCACAAUCACAUCCUCAACAUACUACAGUCGAGCACGGUGAAUCAAAUGGUCAAAUCGUGACGGCGAACACAUCUACGAAUACUAGUGGUGGUAACGGUAAUACUACUUCGGUUUCGAGUACAACGGAUACGGUUACCGUUCCCAGUUCCAAUAUGCAAACGAACACAUCUGCUACUAGUCGUAGCAAUAACAGCAGUAGUAGUUCAACUGAUAUUGUAGUGGCUAGUUCGCCACCCCCUCCGAUAAGUCCUCAAGGGCAUAUAGACGUUGUACGGAGCACAAAAUCCUCGACAAUUGGUGGCAUUGGCACACAGUCGUACUCACCAGCCACCAGUCGGGAGUAUUUCAAUCAUUUCCAUUCACAAACAACUCCAAUUCUUGGCUACACUAGUUCAAUCUCGACCAUUUCCGGUGUUAUCAGUCCGACUAAUCUAAGUUUGUAUUCAUCGCCGAUCACUGGUGCUUCAAAUGUACCUCAUCGGUCAACACCACGGCCGCGAUGGAACCCGCCGUUCCUUAUGGAGGAUGAGUUUAGCAUGAUGCCACAUUCAGUGUCCAGCACAAACUCUGAAAACACUCCGGUGAUAUUAAUGGAAGAUGCUGGCCGAUAUAAUGAGGAAUAUACUCAGAAUCGUGACUACAUUACAUGAUUAAAAAUACCAAUUGCAGAUGACUACCAUUAGGAUAACUAAAACUGUUUAGAUAAUAAUAGUUAGGGUUUAUAUGUAAGUUUCUCAUUUUAAGGGCAAGUGAAUAUUGUUUCGAUUAUAUAAUACAAUAUAAAGCAAUUAUAUAGUUAUUGAAGCACAUAUGCAUAAAUAUGUGUAUGUAUGUAUACUAAUAAACACAUACAUAUACAUUUAUAGGCACAUUAGAUAUGUACCUACAUAUAUCAAUAUGCGUUCAUAUUUAUACUCUAGUUUGUGAGCAAAUAAUACAAAAUAUGAAGUUCUAUAACGUACGAGAAAAUAUAUUAAACACAUCUUCAAACACGCACGUGGCUACCCCAAUUCACACAUGUGUUAAGGCAUGUGCAUAAAUCCAUUUACAUAUAUAUAUGCAUUGCUAGUGAACAUAUAAAUAUAUGUAUGUAUUAGGUCCAUUAUAUUUUUGCUGUAGCAUACACAUUCUGCUAUGUACAUAAGUACAUAUGUGUUAUAUAUAUAAAAAAAAUUUCAUAUACCUAUAUACACGCAUAUUUGUGCAUAAUUUUUUAUUAACUUAUGUUUUUAUUUUGAAAAAACUUUUUUACCAGUUUAUUACAAUAUUUUAUUUAAAUUAUUAUUGAAAAAUGCAUAUAUACUAAUACACAUAUUAGCUCUAAUAAGUGGUCACAAUUAUUAGAAAAUACAUGUGUAUGGAUAUAAAAGAUGCAUUUUUCAUUUAAAUACGUAUACACAUUUGCAAAUAAAUGUGUGCUUAUUACAAUUUAAGGAUAACUUCUACUUUCAAAAAAGCGCUUACAAGUAUUCGUCUUAAACGUGAAACACAAUAAAGAAAUGAACUACUAUAAAAUAUUAGAAAUAUUGUUUAUGCAAUAUAUAAAACAUGAAUUGAUUUCACAGUUGAUGAUUGAGUACGGCAAUUAACUUUUUGUUUUGUAGUGAAGACGAAGCAGUUGCUUAGUUUAAGGUGAAGAAAGAAAUAUAUUUAUGAACUGCGCUUUGAAAUACACAUUAAUAAAUUACAUGCAUACAUGCGUAAGCAUGAUAAAUACAGAUAUAUGUACAUAGAUACAAUUAAAUACUUUGUCUAUAUUUAUUAUUGUUUUUGCACUUUAUUUACUGUUAAAUAGUUUUAGGGAGUUGUUAUCACUAUUUUUUAUAUGUAUUUAUAUCAUCUCUUUAUAUCACUUAAGCUUUCAUUACCAAAAAUUCCUAUAAUACGUUGCGUCUUUGUGUAAAAAUAUUCUUAAGCGUAGAUAUUAUAUUUAAAAUACUACUACCAAUAAUAUUUUACUUUUGACACACAUUACAUUAAGAUUUGAUUCCAUCUAACGUGAGAAUUUCGUGUUGCAUUCAUACAUUCUCCAGGUUAAAGAAGAAAGUGUAUCAAAACUAACAUUGAUAAUUAGGUAAAGAUGGCGUCGGACUUAAUUAGCUGCGUGUCUUACCGAUUUAAGAAUUCUGUAAAGUAAAUUUCAUGUAAAUUAAAUUUCAAGACUAAAUUUAGAAAAAAAAUUGCACGCUGCGAAAACUUCAUGUUUUAGACUUAAAUUUUUUAAAAUUUCAUUGCGACAUUGUAUAAUAGUCUUCAUAUUUAAAAUAUUGGCUGUAAUCAGUCGGCCAUAUUUAACAGAGCUUGAAUAAAGAUAUUUUUUUAAACUUGGAACUAAACGUUCCCCAUAUUUCACAUAAAUUUAACAAAAACAUUCUAUGGCAGGAGCAAACUUUUUUGUAUUCCAAAGUUACUUUAAAGUAAUUUUUUUUUUUUUAAUAAAUCAAUGAGUUUUAAAGCAUAAAAUUAUUUAAAGUAGUAUGUUCCUUCGGUCGGCACCUAAUAUUGGUGCGGCUUUUAAAAUUUAAAAAACUUAAGCUUUCUUUGCAUUAGCACAUAUUCAUACAAGUAUGUAUGCAAUACGGUUGCCUAUGACUCAUAUUCAAGGUGGAUAGGCUAAAAACUAUAUCAUGUAAUUAUGUAGAUAGGAAACAAGAAAAUGAGGUUACAAAAUAUACAAUUAUUCAUUAAGCGUACAAGCAAGGGCUUACACUGAUAUAAACUAAAAGAUUAAAUUGAGACAAUAGUAGACAUAAUUAGAACAUAUGUACAUUAACUCGAUAACGUUAGCAAAUAAUUUUAUGAAAUCGUAAAUAAUUAAUGGAACACACAAAUAACAGCAUAAAUCAGUCUACAGCUAUUGCGUAGAGGAUUUAGAAUAAUAAAUGAUAUAUAAAUAACGUAUGUAUAAUAUAUAUAAACGACAUACCUAUGCUUGUAUAUAAAGAUAGAGAAAUCUCCGGUUAAUUGAAUUUGAAAAAUUGUACAUUAGCCAUUUAAUUAUGUGGAGAUUUAUUUAUACUCUUUUAGUUUUAGAAAAGCCUGACUAAGCGAAAAGUUCAAGAACAAUUA